GGAUGAUACCUGCUAAAUGUGCAACAACAUUACGCAAACGAAAACAACAGUUGAUUUUAGUUUAUUUAUUUAUUAAAAAUGUCGCUGAUAGGCGCACUUGCCAGGCUAAGCCUGCAAAGUAAUGGAGGAGCUAUAACCACACGUUUGCUGCACACGACGUCUGUGCUGUGCGCGGAGCCGCUGAAGAAGAAGAAGAAGCUGGACCCGCAAAUCAUUAAACAGAGAGAAGACCGUAGAAAAAAGAAGAUAGAGAAACAAAUACGUAGGCUGGAGAAGAACGCCCGUCAGCUCAAGCCGGUGGAAGAGCUGGAGGUGCCGCUAGAAUUAAUUGAUGACAAAGCGAAACGGGAGCGUAAGCUAACGCCAUUGGGCACCGCAGAGGUGGAGCACCGUGCGCUCUUGAAAAAACAAUGGGCACGCUACAAACAUGAAGAAAAAGUGGCUGAUUUCCAAAUCAUUGACCGUCUGGUGCAGUCACAAAGUAAGGCGUUGCAAGAGCUGCGUCUUGAGUCUGAGGAGCUCUAUUUGGCGGCGAUAGAAGUAGACUUGCAAUUGCUGCCGGUUACAAUUAAGGGUCCUGUUGCAACUCCACCAAUAAAGACCUACGAAAGUCCUGAUGGCGAUUAUGUGCAUCAGACAAUGAAGUGGGAAGUCUAAUCUAAUCAAUUUGACAAAUUGUUACAAUAAAGAAUAUGUGAAUAUAUUAAAUGCCGUUAUAAAUGCUAUAAAAUAUAACUA